UUGGGCCUAGCCCAAACCCGAAUCGGUGUUACGCCUCCAGCGGUCGCUUCGUGAGUCGCGACCGAUUCCCCGUCUCCAUUUGAUAUUGCCGGAAACUCCGACGGUCAUCAUUCACAGCCAAAACUAGGGUUUUUUCUAUUUCUUCCCCCCUCUUGUUAGGGUUUUACGCUAAAUCCGACUCCAUGGCCGACGCUCGGGUGAGUAUUGGUUUCUUGCUUCCCCUUGGGAGCAAUCUUGCCGUAGAAAAUUCUGUUCCAAACAUUCCAAUUUAUGAAGGGAUCAAUGUUAUUGGACGUAAUAACCUCGCCAUAACUGACAAGCGAGUGAGUCGGAAGCAUAUCAGUUUGUGUGCAUCAGUUGAUGGGUCUGCUGAAGUCACGGUGGAAGGUCCAAAUCCAAUAGUUUUCAAAUCAGGGGAUCAAAGAAAGAAGAUUUGUUCUCAAGACAAGUGCCCAAUUACCCAUGGGGAUAUUCUUGAGUUGAUUCCAGGGAAUCAUUUAUUUAAGUAUGUCAUAGAGGGCAGACACCAUGAAUCUUCAUCCACAUCCAAUUUAUGCCUCUCAAAUAAAGGAAAGAGAUGCAUUGAAGAUGAGCCUUUAGCUAUCAAGAGAAACCGCCAGUUCCACGAAGACGAAGCUAUUGCAAGAACACUCCAGAAUGAGCAAGCUAUUAGCAAGAUACAUGAUAACACAUCAGCGAUCACCAGAUAUGGUGGCUCUCAGUCAGAUACUGCUAUUGAUUUAGCCUCUGGGAGUGUGGAGUCCAUCCGUGACUUUCACAUUCCUAAGGAUAGGUUGGAUCUUACCUUCCAGCUCAUGCGAGUCCAGGGCCUUCCGGCAUGGGUAAAUUCAUCUUCAGUUGCUAUCGAUGAUGUCAUACAGGGAAGCGUGCUUGUUGCUAUUCUUUCAAAUUAUAUGGUCGACAUUGACUGGUUGAUGUCUGCAUGCCCGAACUUGAGGAAGAUUCCUCAUGUGCUUGUUAUUCAUGGGGAAAAUGGUGCUACCGCGGAGCAUUUAAAGAGGAACAAGCCUGCCAAUUGGAUUUUGCACAAGCCUCCACUUCCUAUAUCAUAUGGAACACAUCACUCUAAAGCAAUGAUUCUGGUGUAUGCAACAGGGGUGCGUGUUGUUGUACAUACAGCGAAUUUGAUUUAUGUUGACUGGAACAAUAAGACUCAAGGUUUAUGGAUGCAAGAUUUUCCCUGGAAAGAUAAUAACAGCUCGAGCAAGGGGAGUUCAUUUGAAAAUGACCUAGUUGAUUAUCUUAAAACACUCAAGUGGCCUGAUUUUGAUAUUACCCUUCCUGGGAUUGGCAAUGCCAACAUCAAUGCAUCCUUCUUUAAGAAGUUUGAUUAUAGCAGUGCAGCGGUCAGAUUGAUUGCAUCUGUUCCAGGGUACCAUAGUGGUCUUAAUCUUAAAAAGUGGGGUCAUAUGAAACUACAAAGUGUUCUUAAAGAGUGCAUUUUUGACAAAGAAUUUUGUAAAUCUCCGCUUGUUUACCAGUUCUCAUCUCUUGGUUCUUUAGAUGAGAAAUGGUUGGCUGAGUUUGCAUCGUCACUGUCGUCAGGUAUGACAAGUGAUAAGUCGCCUUUGGGUGUAGGGAUACCCCUUAUAAUCUGGCCUACUGUGGAAGAUGUCAGAUGCUCUUUAGAGGGCUAUAGAGCUGGUAACGCUAUUCCCAGUCCACAAAAGAAUGUGGACAAGGAUUUUUUAAAGAUGUAUUGGGCAAGAUGGAAGGCAAACCAUGUAGGACGGUGUCGUGCAAUGCCUCAUAUAAAAACUUACACUCGAUAUAAUGGCCAAAAUCUUGCAUGGUUUCUGCUCACUUCAGCAAAUUUAAGCAAAGCUGCAUGGGGUGCACUUCAAAAAAAUAACUCACAGUUAAUGAUUCGCUCCUACGAGUUGGGGAUUUUGUUCUUGCCGGCUACUAUCCAGAACCAUGGAUCUGUGUUUUCAUGCACAGAGAGUACUGAUUUGAAACAGGGUGCGUCUAAACCAUCUGCGAGCAAUGAAACCAUUAAAACAAAAUACGUCACUCUUUGUUGUACGGAAAAGAAGAGUAACCAAUCAUCUGAAGUGAUUCAAUUGCCUGUGCCAUAUCAGCUGCCUCCUCAACCAUAUACUUCCCAAGAUGUUCCUUGGUCAUGGGAUAAGCGUUAUACCAAGAAAGAUGUAUAUGGGAACACUUGGCCACAGGUUUAGUUGUAUCCAAACUGAGAACCAUGACAUGUAUGUUACAGAUUUUGUAGUUGAAAGUAGGAUGUGUUCAGGAAGUGGGAUCUUGGGUCAGGUUCGUAGCUUGGGUUUCAUCGCCGUGGUGAUUAGUUAUAAGCUAUGUUUUUCGCCAUUUUCACAAGAUAAUUUUUUAGAUUUUGAUCAUGGUUAGGAUUUGUUGUAUUGCUCUACGUUUAUUGUGGUGUUCUUUCGUUAGCAAGACGGAUCGUGCAUUGUUCAGUUCA